GCGCUCGAGGGCACUGCCCAAUAAUAUAUUAAAUUUUUAUUCUGCAAGGCCUUAAACCCUAAUUAUCUUCCUCCCUCUCUCCCGCUCGCGAUUUCGCUCUGCCAGUUGCCGGACCGUCGCGAUUUUCUCGACGAUCGCCAGCGAUCACUGGCCAUCCGACCAUCUCCCCUCUCCUCAAAUUGAAAUACACAAAAGCUUAACUGUCCGAAGAGUGUUCGCCACCUCGCCGCCGCUAAUCUCUCGCCCGAUCGCCCUCGCUGCUGCUUCCAGGUGAAAGGUGGCGGCACAUGUUGACUUACAUGUGAGAACACUAUCCUUUGGUUAGUGAAUUCCUUUCCAUUUGCCUCAGCAAUGGGAUCACUUUUCUUGAGGAGCUUUGGAGUAGUAGGACCGCUAAGACAACCAAGAAUCUCUUUCAGAUGUAAAAUCAUGAGUUCAUCAAUGCAAAUCAGAAUGGCUGGGUGCAAUAGUGAUAAUUCACGAGGUUCCCUCAUUGUUCUAGAAGGAUUAGAUCGUAGUGGGAAAACUUCACAAUCACAUAGGCUGGUCUCACACUUGAAGGACAAAGGAGUAUCUGUUGAAUUGUGGCGGUUUCCUGAUAGGACUACUGCCGUUGGUCAAAUGAUAUCUGCAUAUCUUGCAAAUGAAUCAGAACUGGAUGAUAGAGCAAUACACUUGCUUUUUAGUGCAAAUCGGUGGGAGAAACGAUCACUUAUGGAGAGCAAACUAAGGAGUGGAAUCUCUCUUAUAGUUGACCGCUAUUCAUACUCUGGAGUAGCAUUUUCUUCUGCUAAGGGGCUUGAUCUAGAGUGGUGUAAGGCUCCAGAAGUGGGUUUGGUAGCACCAGAUCUGGUUAUAUAUCUUGAUAUAUCAGCAGAGAAAGCAUCAGAACGAGGAGGCUAUGGAGCUGAAAGGUAUGAGCAGCUGGAGUUCCAGAAGAAAGUUGCAGAGACUUAUCACACCCUUUAUGAUGAUUCUUGGAAGAUAAUUGAUGGCUGCCUGCCCGUAGAAGCUGUGGAGGAGCAGUUAAGAGAGCUGGCUCUGGGCACUGUGUUAUCGUGCCAAAAGGGCAAGCCACUUAGCAAACUAUGGUCAGCCAAAUAGUCACCUCCCUGAUUAAAGUUAGUCAAUUGUUAACGCUAAUCAUGGUACAUUAAUAUCUUUUUGUCCCUCACCAACUUCAGUUUCUGACAGCCCCCUUUAUUUAAUGUCGUUUUUUUGUGUGUUUAGAAAGCCAUUCAUCUAACGUUUGUUUGGAUGAAGGUUGGUACAAGCUUGGUGCAUGGCAGGCUUAUUGUCAGACGUGCUUGGUGCAUGGUUAUUUCACUAUUUGUAUGAAUGGUUUUCUGAGGGUUGAAUUGAUAGACACCCAUUUUUAUGA